CAUCGCCCAAUCCCCCACGGUCCAACCACACAAAACACCUUGUCGCCCCCUUUAGGAAGCACACCAGCGACAAGAUGCGAACCUACGACGACACCUUCUCCGGCGAGAGAAUCUACCCUGGCAAGGGUAAGCUCUACGUCCGCGGCGACAGCAAGAUCUUCCGAUUCCAGAACGGCAAGUCGGAGUCCCUCUUCCUGCAACGAAAGAACCCCCGCCGUAUCGCCUGGACCGUCCUGUACCGCCGACAGCACCGCAAGGGUAUCUCUGAGGAGGUUGCCAAGAAGCGAACCCGCCGUGCCGUCAAGGCCCAGCGAGGCAUUGUCGGUGCCUCCCUCGACGUGAUCAAGGAGAAGCGCAACAUCCGACCCGAGGCCCGCACCGCUGCCCGCGCCCAGGCCAUCAAGGAGAGCAAGGAGAAGAAGCAGGCCGACGCUGCCGCCAAGAAGGCUGAGAAGGCUAAGCUCGCCGCCUCUAAGGGUCAGGCCGGCCGACAAGUCAGCAAGCAGGGUGCCAAGGGCGCUGCCCCCAAGGUUCAGGCGCGAACCCGUUAAGAUGGUAAAUAGGGAGGAUGAAUGAAAAUGGGAGAGUGGAGUCCGUGGUUCUUGUGUCUUUGUCCGGCCGGUUCUUCUACAAUCUCGGGAGCAUGGAAUGCCAUAGGGUGCAUUGAUAGUUGAGCAAUGCCAUAUCGGUGCAAAUGGUCAAAAGAGCAUCUCUUGUUUGUGCCGUGACCAAGAAGAAGGUGUGCUUGCUCGACAUGGGGUGGCUAGGUCAACAACUCACGGCGUCAAAUGAAGGUAUCAUCAUGUUGCUCA